AUGGUAAAAAUGCAAGAGCUCAUUUGGUACGUGAGCGAGCGCUUGGAUACGGCGAACAGUGUUGGCGUGCAGGAGCUCAUAAUAACGGUGGGCGAGUGCUUGGGUCUCACGCAGACGGUCAUUAGCAAUCGCACCGAUCUACGCUUAACACAGACGAGCCUAAGGAAGGAGUCAAUAAAUGUGGUCUUUUGCACCGCACCGGAUGAUCCCAUAUUGCAUGUACACGAUCUUAUGCUACUAGGACGUCACAAGCGCUUCAGCCUACUCAUUAUGGUGAAUAUGGUGGAUGACUUUCAGGUCGCAGAGCAAGUGUUGUUAGGCUUGUUUAAGUGUAAUUUCGAAAACGUUUUACUAUAUUACUACAGCAGCAACCGGACCAACGAGCUUUUUGGCUAUCUUUACUAUCCGCAGUUUCAUUAUAUAAAUUUCACAAACGUUUUCCAGUCGAUAAGUAACGGGUUACAUAAGCAUUUAAGUGGUGGCGUAGACUUACAGGGCUACAAAUUAUAUACACCGUUGGGUCAGAGUCUACCACAUGUUUUCAGUUAUAAGAAUAGACGUUCACAAACCAUCUGGUGUGGUCCAGGCUAUGAACUGUUGAAGUUAUUUGCGAACUACUGUAAUGCCACUUUCGUAAGCUACGAAAUGCCGAAAGAUCGUCUGGGCGGCAAUGUAAUCGAUAUGAAGGCGGCGCUGGAUCUCGUACGUCACAAAAAAGUGGAUGUAUUGGCACACGCUUAUGCUUUAUACAACACGGACGACAAGCUAGGCAAGAGUUACCCGCUCAUGGUGGUGCGUUGGUGUCUCAUGGUGCCUCUUUGGAAUAGCAUCUCAACUAUGUACUACCCAAUACAACCAUUCGACGAACUGGUGUGGCUUGGCAUUAUUUUUACAUUUGUAGCGCUACUGCUGAUAAGAUGUCUCUGGUGCUGUUGGCUGGGCACCAAUUUGAGCGACAGUGUUUUGGAGGCUAUCUGCAUGAGUAUUGGCUUAUCUGCGCCGGGUGGUAUUGUCACGCCCUCGGUGUUAAAUUUCUUCAGUUUCGCCUGUAUUUUCUUCUAUGGUUUCUUUCUGACUGCCAAUUACACUUCUUUGUUGGGCAGCAUACUUGCGGUCACCAUAUUUCAUGAACAAAUCAACACUAUGGAUGAUCUGAUAGCGUCGAAUAUAUCCGUGAUGAUUAUCGAUUAUGAGCUAGAAUUUCUACUCUCCGACGGAGCUGAAUUGUCAGCGAACUUCUCACGUUUGUUACUGCCAGUAGAUCCGGCCACUUUUAACCAACAUCAAUUGCAGUUGAAUAUAAGUUUUGCCUAUUUUAUUACCGAGGAGAAGUGGCAGAUUUUGAACGCACAGCAACAGGGUCUCAAACAACAUAUCUUCAAGCUCUCCGACAUUUGUUUUGGUUCCUACCAUUUAAGUUAUCCAGUGCAGCCGAAUUGGCCUUUGUAUCGUAAUCUCGCAUAUUAUAUCUAUCGCAUACAUUCUUCGGGUCUGUUCGAUCACUUCAUGAGCACAGCCUUCGAUUAUGCGGUGCAUGCGGGAAUCGUUAAACGUAUGGCAGACUCUCCGGAGUUCAAAACGGCUGGCAUGCAACACUUGUUUGUUGUGUUUUCAAUGCUUUUAGUCAUGCUGACCGCUAGCGCUCUGAUUUUCGUUGUAGAGCUGGUGACUUACAGACUAAGCAGACGUCGUGGAAUUGCAGUCCAGUAA